UGUUUAUGAUUUGUCCUCUGAAGGGCAUCCACUUCUGAUUUUAAAUUUAGCAUCUAUUUGUAUACAUAUCUCCAUGGCAACACAUCGACAUUUCAAUUGUGUGUACAAUUGUGCGCAAGCAUCCGUGCGCGCUGCUCUUUGUGUGCCUUUGUCUGAGUGUGUGCGCGCACGUUCAGGUUUAAUGCGUGCAAUAUUUGGGUGCUGUUAACCCUACUACCGAUUUGUCUGUCUGUCACUCCUUGUUGGCAUGGCGAGUGAUGUCACUCACCGGCAAGUGCCAUGGCAAGGGGUUGCGGUUGUCUGUGUGUGUGUGUGUGUGUGUGUGUGUGUGUGUGUGUGUGUGUGUGUGGUGGUGGGGGGGGGGGUUCUUUGUGUAUGCAUGUGUUGGGUUCCUCAGGCUAUGCAGUGAAGCCCCGCCCUCUUCCCCCUCUGCAGCAGCCUUGUGAAAAAACAGAUUUUUUUCCCCCCGCACUCUUGUGCUCUUGUCUCCCAUUUUCCGCAUGCGCUCGUUGGAGGCGGCAGGUAGGCAGGCAGGCAGGCGGCCCAGGGUCCGGUCAUGUCCUCACCCCCGCUGCCGGCGCCGUCGUUGGCGCGCAGACAAUCCUGUUACCUCUGCGACCUGCCCCGCAUGUCCUGGGCCAUGAUCUGGGACUUCAGCGAAGCUGUGUGCCGCGGUUGCGUCAACUACGAGGGCGCCGAUCGGAUCGAGUUUGCCAUCGAGACUGCCCGGCACCUGAGGCGGACUCACGGCCUCCAGGAGCCCAAAAACGGGAAAGAGAUCUUCAGCCAGCAUCUGGCGGACGGAGCAGCAAAGUCCCAGCAGCCCUCCUUACUGUACCCGGUGCUGAGUGCAGACACCCGAGUCAGGUUGGACUAUCAAGGUAGGCUGCCCAAUGGGCUCGGGGGACCGAACGGGUUCAAACAGGACGACGGACCGCCAGAGCUGAACCCAAACUCCAGGAGCAGGGGUCACGGCGGUCUGCCGUUGGCCCCGGGACUGGUUAACACGACACCCAACCUGCUGCCCCAAACGCUGCUGAAUGGACCGGGCGCGCAGAGCAUGCCGAGCAGAACUGCACCGCAGGGCUCCACGCUGUGUCUGAGCGAACCUGCCGCAAAGCGACCGUCCUCUGUGUCAGGUGUGGAGCAGGACCGGGAGAUGAAAGACAAGCAGAGGAACGCAGAGACGCUGAGUGAGCUGAGCGAAACUCUUCGGAACCGGCAGGAGGAGUGGGCCAACAAGCCCAAGAUGGUUCGAAACAGCCUGCUCACUCUGUCCGGGUGCACCCCCUUUGAGGUCCGCUUCAAGAAGGAUCACGGCCUGGUCGGGCGCGUAUUCGCUUUCGACGCGGUGUGCAAACCCGGUGUUGACUACGAGCUGAAGAUCUUUAUUGAGUAUCCGAGCGGUUCUGGGAACGUGUUCUCCAGCGCCUCGGGGGUGGCCAAGCAGAUGUACCAAGACUGUAUGAAGGACCUGGGCCGAGGUCUGUCCUCUGGGUUCAAGUACCUGGAGUAUGAGAAGAAGCAUGGUUCUGGUGACUGGCGGUUGCUUGGUGAUUUGUUACCAGAACCUCUACGGGUCUUUAAGGACUGCUUGGGGGCGGAUAUGCUGCCCCAGCCCCACAUCGACGGCACCCACCCGCCGCUGCCCACCUCCCUGCUGUCCUCCGCCCGGGCCCCGAGUGGUUCCAGAGGCGGCUCCAGGAAGAGGAAGUCCUCUCCGGAACAGGAUUCGGCCGAGAGUGCCCCGAAGCCGAUGGAGGAGCAGCACAGGCAGUGGAUCGCCAACCAAGCCAAAGCCCUCAAACUUCCCUACGGCGGCAACCCAUUGGGUGCCCCCACUGGCCGCUCCACCCCGCGAGAAUCCUCUGAGUCACCAGUGGGUGCUCUAGUGUCCACAGCCGACACGUCGAUCCACUCUAGCAGCGGGUCCCCUUCCCCCGCAGGCGGCCAUAGGGGCCUCUCUUCUCGCAACGGAGACCCCAGGGGUGCUGAGCAAGCGACGGUGGCCGCCAGCGGGCCUCUGUGCUGCACACUGUGUCACGAGCGCCUGGAGGACACUCACUUUGUCCAGUGUCCGUCCGCCGCCCACCACAAGUUCUGCUUCCCGUGCUCCCGAGACAGCAUCAAGGCCCAGGGCGCUGCCGCCGAGGUCUACUGUCCCAGUGGGGACAAGUGCCCUCUGGUGGGUUCCAGCGUCCCCUGGGCCUUCAUGCAGGGAGAGAUCGCCACCAUCUUGGCAGGCGACGUCCAAAUCAAGAAGGAGAGAGACCCUUGAGGACGCGGCCUUCGAUCCGACUUCUUGCUAUCCACCGGGAAAAGGACCUACCUAGCCCUGCUUCCAAACACGCCAACAAAAAAAAAAUGCCUAUAGAGGCAACAAGAUGGCGCCAAAGCAUUAUGUUUUCUUCAAUUGAUAAAGCUUUGACAUGAGUGUAUAACCAGUUAAUAUGGGACGAUUUCUUCAACUGAUGUGGCAAAAGUUAAAUUGCGACAGGGUCCCAAAUUUACUACGACUUCCACUGCGUUAGCGUUUCUCUCCCUUGUAAUAGACAAAAUUGGCCUAGAGUCACGGCUUAAUUUUUCUCUCCCGAUCUCAAAUCUGACACAAUGCCGCGGCGUCACCUACGGCUACGUCUUUGUUAUGACAGUUAUGUCGAAGCUUGAAUUCCCCGAUGAAUAGUGCAAGGGUUGAAAACGUACGUGAUGAACAUGCUCGUCGGUGGCAGUAAACGCCGCGAUUCAAUUUGGCCAAUAAAAAUGUCCGCGGCAGUCAAUGAGUUUAGCGAAGCAAAACUGUAUUCAUGCCAGCUGUGAUUCCUCUUAAGAACCCAGGCUAAACUUGGCACCUUUCUGGUCAUACAAAUUUCUUGGAGCAGUUAAGAUGUAGCAGUUCAAUAUAUUAAAGUUAAAGUCCCAAUGAUUGUCACACACACAUCUGGGUGUGGUGAAAUUUGUCCUCUGCAUUUAACCCAUCCCCGUGGGAAUUUAACCCAUUCCUUGGGGGAGAGGGGAGCAGUGAGCAGCAGCGGUGCCGCGCUCGGGAAUCAUUUGGUGAUCUAACCCCCCAAUUCCAACCCUUAAUGCUGAGUGCCAAGCAGGGAGGCAAUGGGUCCCAUUUUUAUAGUCUUUGGUAUGACCCGGCCGGCGUUUGAACCCACAACCUUCCAGUCUCAGUGUCUCAGACACUCUACCACUAGGCCACUGAGCUACGUUUGGGUUUUGGUGGCAUCUUGUAGCGUUUGGGCAUUACGGCUUAAUAACGGUUUGCCUGUACAUGACUGGAACAAAUCAGAAAAGUGUUUCUUCACAGGUGAACGUGGAAGGCAUUUUGGGUUUUUGUUUGACUUAGGUGACGAGGACGGCGGCACGCAAACAGCAACUUGUUAUUUUUGCAGUCUUCUUCGACCGGUGGGACUCCUCAGUUGAGCUUUCUAGUAGGGGUGUAAAGAUUCAUCGAUACACAUCCAUUAAUCGAUAUAUUGCUCUCCGAUUUGUUGACAUCGAUGCUAAACGUAAACAUCGAUCUAUAUCGCCCGUUUUUGACCUCGGACAACACGCGACUUUAUUUUGAAAUCCAGUUCAUUGUUGCUUGCUUCCUCUUUCCGGGAGCAGUGCGCAGCGUGUUGUGUUGUGAGCAGAGCAGGCACGUGAAAGGGGAGUCAACAACUACGCGGCUCCUGGGCUGGUGCUAUGGCUAGUGUCCAAGAAGACGAGAAAAUUCGCUCCUUUUUUGGCUUCAAGUCAUUCGUUUGGAAGCACUUUGUAAUUUCCUAAAUAAAGACUUUGCAGUACCUUGUUGAUUUUGCGUAUGAAUUGUUAUAAAUCAAGAUAUUGUUCUAUAUCGAUCGUAGAGCACUAUAUCGUGAUGUAUCGUGAAUGAAUCACAGCAGGCUUUAAGAUAUCGGCAAAUAUCGUAUCGUGCUUCUGUGUAUCGAUGUAUCGUGACAAAACCCGCGAUUUACACCCCUACUUUCUAGCAGCCUUUUUACGCAUUUUCUACGUGUUGACGUCUGACUGUGUUCCCGUGGUGACAUGUUGUGAAUGUGCCUCGGCGCAGUGUCAAUAAAGUCCACUCCCAUCA